UAGCAAAUGUUAUUUUGUUUUUAUUUUGCUUUUCGGCAUAAUAAACGUAACAAAAUUAACGAAAUGUGCAUUAAAUUUAAAAGGAAAACGUUCAAUUAACUAGGCAGGUUUGGUUAAUGCGCAUUAUCAUCGUGUAAUUGUCGUCGUUGGGCAACGCGAUAAUGUUUAAAUUAGAGUCCUUUAUUACACCAAUUUUGCUUAACUACGUGGCGAAAUAUGUUAAAAACAUACGCGAUGAAGAUGCACAGGUAUCGCUAUGGGAGGGCGAGGCAUCAUUUCACAACUUAGAUCUACGACUCGACGUCCUGGAGGAGGAGCUGAAUCUACCCAUUGAACUCGUAUCCGGCCACAUACACGAACUCUCCAUCCAAGUGCCCUGGACAAAGCUAACUUCGGAGCCAGUGCGCAUUGAGAUAAAUACAAUUGAAUUUGUUGCCAAACUGCCCAAUGAGGAGAGUAAGCAGAGACGUGCCUCACUGCUGGAGGAACAGCGUCGUAGGCGCAAUUCAGCAGAAGGCGACGAGCCACAGCAGCCAGGUGGAGCCCCCACUACAUCGUCUGUUGUCAACAAGAUCAUCAACAACAUCAAUUUGCAAUGUCACAAUAUCAUAUUGAAGUAUGUGGACGAUGACAUUGUCGUCUCCAUGAAUGUGCAGUACUUGAACUUCAGCGCUGCCGACGAGAGUUGGCAGCCAGCCAUGGUAGAAGUUCAUCCGGUGAUGGUUUAUUUGCGCAAGCUGCUCCAAAUCUCUGACUUAACCAUUUGCCUGGACAAACGGAAUACGGCUGGACGUAUUGAGGUUUGCCAGGAGCCCAUACUCUAUCGUUGCACAUUGGAGCUACGUGUGCUGCUGAAACAUAAUAUCAACACUGUAAGCACGUCGAGUACCAAGCGCAUUGGUGUCUUCACCAAAUCCCUGGACAUCAAUGUGUCUUCGCUGCAGCUGCCCAUGAUCAUGAAAUUGGUUAAUCUGCUAAUGGAACUGAAGCCCAGUGUUCCUGAGGAGGAGGAGAACGUCUUUAACCUGGAACAACCGGUGACAUCGUCAAGUAGCGCUAACGCAAAUGUCGCGUCCCCCAACGAAGCGUCCGGUUCCAUGUUUUGGAAUGCUUGGAGUCUAUUGGUUAACUCUGACGAAAACACCUCGAACUCCGCGGAACCAGUUGGUCAUGUGUUCGAUGUGGGUAUCUAUGCCGAGGAGUUCAAUUUUCAGCUCAAGAACUCUGAGCUAAUCAACGAUCAGGCCAUGGGCGGCAUAAAACGCAUUCGUUAUACGCCAAUCGUGCGCCUCAGUCUGGGCGGCAUUUACUAUGAACGAUCGCAGCUGAAGGAGAACAACUGGACCAAUAUGAGAGCGGGCUUGUCCAGCAUAAGCAUGGAGCCAUUGGGAAUCUAUCGCAGCGAGGAUCCCAUCGAUCAAAAUCUGGUGAAUACCAAGCAGAACAAUAACGUACGGGCAUUUGUGGACAAGAGUCUCUUUGAUGAUCAGUACAAGUCUGCGGAUCGCGUCUGGUGUAGCUACAAUCAUGACGAUUACUUCGCACGCCACACCGACGAUUAUAUGCUCUUUCGGAGUCCGGUACUCGCCAUUGACAUUGUCGAAUGUCGUGUACCGAAGCCGUUGAGGAAGCAAAAGUCGGCGGAGGGGCAACUGAGAGAUCUGGGUCUGCGCAUGAAGUAUCGAGUGCUGUCUGCUGGCAUCACAUUCCACUUUUCGCAGUCACUUGUACAGGUUAAAAAUGUAAUUAGUGAUUUAUUACGUCCUUACGACUAUACAGGAUAUACUGCAGAAACCCCAACCAAAGACAGCAGCAGCACCAGCAGCAGUCCAGUGAGAAAUGACCAAAACGAGUCGGGCAACAACCAGUAUAUGACCUAUGCGGAUUUGGAGUAUCUGAUCGGUUUUAUGCCCACCUGUAACUACAAGAUCGAGCUGCGUGACAUGACUGUGAAGCUGUAUCCAAGGCAGCAGAGUGCCGAGAGCUCUACGCCAUCCAACCAACAUCGUUUAGCCAUCACUGUCAAUCAGUCCCUACUGCCCUAUUUACAGCUGACCUUGUCAUUGGCCGAGGGUUCUGUUUCGACUCCAGCGAAUCCCAAGCGUCUUGUGCAGCUGAUGACACAGCUGCAGGAGAAGCCGCGAGAGUUAAUUGAUUCCUGUUACAAUAUUUUCAAAUUCAAUGUGAAAAAUGUGACGAUGGUGGCUCUGAAUACCACGCCGGCAAUGGGACAGGCUAAGCUCCUGAAUAUACCCAGCAUGCAGCUGGACUUCAAGAACUUGCUUCUGCCUAACGAUGAGAGAUUCAAUACGGCUCCCACGCAACAGGCUGAAGUACAAACGGAGCUAAUUAACGUGGAGUUCUCCAAGCGUGAACUUGUGAUACUGAGCAACAUCGUACCCUUGAUCUUGGACUACAAUGGAGCUCAAUUGGCCGCAUUGGCUAAAAUGGUUGCCCAGGCAAAUGCCUCCGCCGAUGUGAUCAAGCUGCAAACGUUGAUUACCAAAGUGCAGCUUGACUAUCUCAAAUAUCAGACGCAUCUGGCGAUGUUGUUUUCGCUGCGUAACCUAAACACCGAUGUUUAUCACACCAUGAUGAAUGUACGCAACGUGAUCAUAUCGACCAGCAAGGGGAGCAAUAACAAAUGGCUGGAAUUUCAGCUUCAACUCCCGCUGCAGACAUCGAGCUCCGAUAGCCAAGUGAUGCCAGCUACUGCAAUAUGUACCUGGAUAGAUAGCUUUCGCAUAACUCUAGACAUCUAUCUGAUACAGUUCCUCAACUCGUUCGCCAAUCCCGAGCAAUGCGUUGAAAAUGAUUCGGAAGCCGACUUUGAUAGUUUUAGUCAAUCGGAACGAUUUCCGUCUUACGCAUCGAUGACUUCAGUGCCAAAGUUGACGCAGAGUGAAGUGAAUGUGCGUCGCGCUAGCCGCUCGAACAGCCGUAAGAUCUCAAAUCCGGCGGAGACAAUACACGCGAGCUCCGAGCGCGAUGAGAAGCCCGUCACGCACACGGAACCAGCCAAAUCAGUGGCGAAAAGCGACACAAACGCUGACGUGGAUUCCAUGAGUCUGGCUCAACUGAUCAACCGAUUGAGUACAAUUGUUGUGGUGUUCGAGCUGAGAAAAGUGAACCUUGAUGUGUGUGGCGUCAUGCUGCGCCGAAGCAGCAAGGACUUGCAUGUGGAGUACACAACCAUUCGGUUGUCCCGUCUCAGGAUCAAGUCCAGCAACGGCGACGAAGUGGUGCAGGGCAAUAUACGCAACCUGAUCAAUGUGAAUAAAGAGGUGGAGCAGUGCUAUUGGCUAAUGGAGGCGAAUGACUUCUCCGUCGACUUUCAUCUCCCGUCAAAAACAGCGGAUAUUAUUGUGAGCCCCGUGCGCACAACAGUUGCCUUGUCUUUGUCUCACAAGCCGACUAAUGAAACGAAAAAGAAAAAUGAAGACGACCUCGACUCUAAGAAAUCAGAUCAAGUGGUGGAUCCUCAGUUGUCCAGCACAUAUUCAAUCAAUGUCCACGUAGAUAUGUCUCCAAUAAAUAUCUUUGGAUGUCACUUAAAGGUUUUGCUUGAGCAUUUUACAAUUGUGAAUGCCGUCAUCAAUUCGUUAAGUUCGUUGAAAGGCCGACCAUGCCAAUCCAGUGAAACGGAACGCAAAUGCAAUUUAGAAAUCUACACGGGCAGCGCACAGAAUUAUGGCAUCUUGAAGGAAUUCCUCGAGCUCAAUGCCAAUGUGGAGCCAAUGGCUAAGAGUCAUGAUCCCAAGUCCAAGGCUAUUUUGAUAUUUUUCUGUCAAUGGACUAUACCGCGCAUCUCCUUGGAAGUGGAGAGCUGUAGAGAUCAGAUGCUACGGAAACUGGUGUUAAGCCUAGAGGAUCUGCUGCUGAAUGUGGACAGACAUGAGGACUUCACAAAGAUCACCACCAAACUGGAGAACGUGAGCCUCAACUUCUACGAAGCCUUAGACCCGGGCGACUGGAGACUCAUGGAUGAUUUCCACAUCAAGAUGCUCGGAGAUAGCACUAAUUUGCCACUGUUUAAUGUUGUGAUUACAACGGUCAACCUGCAGGACCUACACUCGAAGAUUGGUGCUCGCAAUCUGCACAAUAAACGUCGCACAAUCUCAGAGCUGCUGAUUGAGGUGCAGCCGAUAGAAAUGAUAUUGCAUGUGGAUCGUAUUUCCGAAUUGUUUUUGUCGCAAUGCGAGCUCGUUGAUUUGCUCUGCAGCUCUGCGCCUAAAGAGGAGGCAGCGCCUCCAAAGCAAGCAGCACAGGAUUGUCUGAGAACUGUACAGGAUCUGCCCAUAGUGCAUCUAAACAGCAAGGGCAUCUAUAUCUAUGUGCCUGUCGAGACGGAUAAGAGGUGCUGCAGCGUAUUGCUGUUGAGGAUCGAGAGCAUUAAGCUAACGCCAAGUGUGGAGAAUCCUUUAGUGCGUCAGCCAAUCCGCCAGGAUAUCUACAAUAAAGCAGCCGAGAUGAACAUGCUUUGCACGCCAGGUGCUUUGGUCGAGGACCGUCAGUACGAGUUGAGUGUACGCAAGAUUUCAUUAUCCUCUGGCAAUUGGCUGCAAACUCAAAAGUUUCGUUUGGAGAAGACGCUGUCCGAUACGCACUGCAAUCCGGCCCUGGAAUGGAACAAGCAAUCGCAAUCCACAGAGCUUGAGCACAUGGACAUAUUCAAGGACUUCGACUUCAUCAUUGUUUAUGCGCCCGCCAUCAGCUACGAACGUUUUCUAAUCUGUGGCGAGAGUGUCGAGUUCAACUGUGUCACAGACUUUUUGGCCACGCUGAAUACGCAUCAGAUUCAUAUGAUUUCUGGCAUUCUUAAUCACGUGCAGCGCUGGCGCAGCAUCGUGGAGCAGCACUGUUCGAAUACCUGUCCGGCGGCUAAAGAUUCAGCUAAUUAUAUCUGCUUCUGUUCUAAAGACAGGCUUGGCAAAGGAUCACGUGCAUCACAGCGUAGCGAUAAAGAAAGAUUUUUGGAUACCAAGAGCAGCAGCGACAUCAUGUUGGGUUCCUGUCAGAGCGACUCUGGCAUUAACAUGCCCAAGUAUGGAAUGACCACCUGUGGACCUCUGCAGUUUCCGCAGCUGGAAUCACAGAAAAUGUUCAGGCAUAAGCCAAUCUAUCCACGCAGCGUUUCUUUUGUGGCGGGCAAGUUUGAGCUGCGGAUCUAUGAUGUGCUCGAGGAGCAGGGACAGCUUAAGCUGCAGCCGCUUCUAUUGGUCACCGUGUCGCAGCCCAGUUUUAUGGCUGCGCAAACGCCACGCGGUGGCAUUACCCAAGCUUCAAUUUUCAAUUUCAACAUUUAUUUGGCCAAGUCGAAUACAGAGAGCGAUGCAGCUUCGAGUGAACAGUUCAGCGCGCCUCUAUUUGAUACGCAGCCCGGAACGCUGGAUAGCUCGGGCAUACCUCCUCCCUUGCUGACAGUGCGCACGCAAAUGGAUCGCUUUGAGCAGUUGGAAUUGGACGUUGAGUUGCGCAAGCCGAUGGUGUUGAGUCUGUGCGAGAGCAGCAUCAAAAUGUUAUCGAGUGAUUUGAUUCGCAUCUAUUCGAUGCUCAGUGCCACGCCCUAUUUUCCACAGCGCAGCGAACGACCUGUGGUGCGCGCGACACCGUUGCAGCAGCUGAAGUUGCAAUGCUUCAAUGCGGAUCGCUUACACAUGGCUUGUGAUCGCAUCACAAUCAAGUUCUAUGAUGACGAGCAGAGCUACAACUGCAGCGCCGUCUGCCUGGACGUCAAUGCGCACAUCAAGUUCGCUGCACGACCACAGAAGGCUGCUGUCAAGUCGACACUGGGCUGCGUCUAUGUGCAGGUGGGCGACAAGAUAUUGUUGCAUCCGAUACUCAUGCGGCUCUCGGCCGAUCUGCUCAGCGAGACGUGGUGCGAUCAGCUGCUGAGCAGCGUCACACUCAAGCUGAAUGUCCUUCAUGUGGAUGCGAGCAUUGAGAACAUUUUGUAUCUGCGCCAAGCCCAAACAGGACUCGAUAAGAUCAAGCAACAUAUUAAUGAGCAAUGGCAGCAGUUUCUACAAAAUCGUCCGAUGCUCGGUCAACCACCAAAGGUAUCUCCAUGUGAACUUUUAAAGUACACGCCAUCCCAGGAACAGAUCGUGCGCUCCAAGACGACGCCGAAAACCAAGAUGGAAUUCUAUCAGGACGAUUUACGCGCUGGCGCCUUCCAGUUUGUCGAUCUGAUCACAGACACUGUGCUGCCCAUGCCCUACCAGGUGCAGAUAAUCAAGAAGAACUACGGCAUCAUUUGCUGGCGCUAUCCACAGCCGCGUCAGAUGAGCCGUUUGCAUAUCUACCCCGUGCCAAUGCCCAUCGAUAAUCCCAUUCAUAUAAAGUGCCGCAUGGAGUACUUUAGUGAGACACACGAAACCUUUUUGCAUUACUGCGACUUCGAGCUCUCGGAGAUUGACACCAAGCAGCUGGUACCGCCGGAUCGCAAUAUAACCGCCACCAUUUGGCGUGUGGUUAUCAUGCAGUCGCUGGUCUCUGUGGAUGGAACCUGCUUUGUGCCUGAGGAGGAUGAUGAUAUGCAUUCGAUCGACAGCGGUCACGUGAUGCAGCAGCAUAAAGGCGGCGCGAACCGUGAUUUCAUAUUGAAUCCAAAGGUUUUGGUUGGCUGCAUGCGCAUCGAUACCAUCUUUCAGGUGGAGCUGGUGCCCAAGCUUCAGCUGCUGCUCAGCUGUCAGUAUGUGGAGUUGAACUUUCUUAACCAGCCGGAUGCAUCGAAUGUGCUGCCUGCGCCGCUUCAGAAAUACUUUCUGCGACGCACCACAAACAUAACGCAGACCUUUCUCAGCGUCAACAUGGAUGACUUGCAACUGCAUUCGACGAUUUACACACGCGACAGUUACAGCGCCGAGCUGGACUUUCGCAGCAGGAUCAAGUGCCUGGACUACGGAUCGCUCAACAUGAUGGACAUCAUGGAGCCAAUGAGCUUUCAUAGCUAUUUGCGAUUUGAUGGAAAGCAACGUGUGCUGCAUGCCAACCUGCUGCUGGACAAGCUGCGCUUCAAUUGCGGCCCCUGUGUGAUACACACGCUGCUCUGCUCCAAGCAGCAUUGGCUGGAGCAGCUGCAGCAGCAGCGCGAUGUGCACACCUUGAUGCCCAGGUGUGUCAUUGUCAAUCGCAUGCAAACGCACUUUGUCUUCGGCCAGACGGGCACCAGCGAACGCAUCACCGUGCUGCCACAGGAACUGCGUCCCUAUUACUUCAGCAACGAUGGCUGUGGCCAGGAGUUGAUGUUCUAUAUCGAAGAUUUGGAAUCGCAUAAGCUGGACAGCAGCGAAUCACUGGCCAUUGCCCUGAAGUUUGAAGAUGAGCAUCGUGUGCAUCAUCUGCGUGUUGGCCAGCAUUGCAUUACCAUAAAACUGAGCAAGCUGUCGACCACACAGAUCUAUAUACUGGUCAAGGGACAGAUUGAGCUCGUGAGCAUGGUGCCAUUCGAGCUGCUCACUGAGUUUCGCACUGAGGGCAAGCAGUUGGAUGAACAAGCUACGAACGCAUUGCCGCAUCUGCUAGUGGCCAAAGGUCGCAUAUCGUUCUAUCAGCAGGUGCAGCGCAAUGAACAAGUUAACAUGAGACUCAAGCUGAGCUCGCAGAAUGCCAAAGGACGCACUGGCGAUAUACCGCUCAAGCAGAACAACAGCUUGCCCUGGCUCGUUAAGGUGCCCACCCACACGGCGCAGCAAUUCGUCAGCCUAUGGGUGCGCAUCCUGAGGGAAGAUGUCGUUUGUGGCACUGGCGUCGAUGUUGAUGACUUUAAGCCGCAGCGCAUUCUUGUUAGCAUCUGGCCCAUAUUCGAGAUCUGCAAUUUGCUUAGUUGUGAGCUGCAGGCAACAGAGAGCAGCAAUCAGGACCAAUUUGCCAUUGCCGGCGAAGGCGGUCGUGUAGCACUAAAUACGGCCACAACCCAUUCCACGGAACAUUGUGUGAAGUUUGAUUAUCCUUCUGCCUUGGGUUCCGCUUCUAAAAGUGAAUAUACUUUCAUGUUGAAGUCCAUGGAUUGGCAUAAGUUCUUCCAUUACAAUCCAGCGGAUUGGACCAUCGAAUCGACGUUGGACCGACUGGACAGGAGUAUCAGAUCCAAAUGGCCAUUGAAUGAUGCUGAGGAGCUGCGCGUGCAGCGUCCUCAUGAGCUGCUUAGUAUGAUGGAUGUUCAGUAUCGAGCGCAGGCCACGCGUGAGUUCUCCUGCACCUUGGGCCUGGAGAUAGCCCCAUGGGCCAUGUUCAUCAAUGAUACAAAUCUGGAUGUCAGCAUCUGCCUAGUCGCGGCUGGUGUACGUCAUAAGAUACGUGCAAGCUGUUUGGAAAUGUUGCCUGUGCUUAGCAGCCACUUCACCCUCGAUGCGCCCUUUGGCUCCAAUUGGGUAUCUUCGAUGGCCAUUUGUGUGGAGCAACAAGGCCAGGCGAGCUCAGUGCCCAGCGGGUCGAAGCGUCAUGUGCUAUUGCGUGCCAAUUCUUAUGUGGACAUAGUCUUAGUGCGCAACAACGAGGUGAUGCGUUUGCUGCUCGACUUUAAGCUUGACGAUGGACGACGUAUUUUCAAGCUGCGAUCCAAAUAUGUGAUAGCUAACUUUACGAACUUAACGCUGACUGCUCUGCCACUGACCAUGGACCAUAAGGAAACCUGUGGACGCGGCGAGGUCAAUUCGCUGCAGUUCGAUACGAUGAGUCGUAGACUCAAACCCGUGCAGGAAAGGCAAGAUUCCAACAUUGGCGCCACCAUUGAGAAAUUCCUCGAUCUGAAUGCGUUCAAAUCGAGGCACACCUGUGAUACGGCAUUUGAGUACUUCGUUUGCUUUGCCGUCAAUGGGAAAGAGAGGACCUCCAUACCCAUACCGCUGACAAUGCCCUUCACGCGGCGCUGCUUUAACAUACAGGAUGGCAAAGAUUCCAUACCCCUAAUGAGCACACUCAUCGAAAAGGACAAUGUAUACUAUUUGAAUGUGUUCACGGACUCGGCGCCUGCGAUAAUCAUCAACAAUAAUACAAAUGUAAAAUUCAUUGUGGCUCAGACCAGCGCCUCGGGCAACAGCAAUGUCAGUUGCACCUCACCUGAGUUCUCGGGCAAGCACUUCGAAUGGAAUCAGCUGAUCGAGCCAUAUAGCCGAUGCUAUUAUACACCGCCGCAAAUGUAUGACAACUUUCCAGGCGUGGAGUUUACCAUGUGCAAUCUAUCCCUAGCUCUCUACACUGACUUGGUGGCCUGUGGCAAGCACAAGAUCAGCUGGUCGAAGCCCAUACGCAUGGACAAGUCGUGGAAGAAGUUCAUACAUGUGCCCAACCAUGGCGAUAUCAAGGUCGUGAUCUGCGAUAAGCAUCGAGUGAUACGCUUCAACAUCUACUAUAUAGCGCAGCAGUUGGAGUUUUCUGUCAAGGAUUUGCGCUCGCGUCUGAAAGAGCCUGAGGCCACGCAACCCUUACUGCAGGAGACCCUUGUACAGGAGUCGGACUCAGUGGAUGGGGCCGAAAAGCAACUGGAGCUCGAAAAUAUUGAUUGCAUUCACUUGAGCGAGGAGUGCGAAACGAAUCUUCAGCUUUCCUUUCGCUUGUUCAUCAAGAGCUUUGUCUUCAGCCUGCACACAAACGAUCGACAGCGAGACUCUCUAAAGACUGAGGUCUGCAACAUGUACGCAGAUGAUGUGAUGAUCGCCUACGACGACGAUGAUGAACGGCGCGAACUCCAUCUGCAGCUGCCCAAUUUGCAGGUCGACAAUCAGCUGUAUUCGAAUGGCAAAUAUGACUUCCCGGUGCUGCUGUGCGCACAGAAAUUGUACAAGCGCAGCAACUGCCUGCCUCCGGUUUACGAACUAGAUGAGCUGUACAGGAGUCAGGCGGCGUCUGCUGAAAUUUCAGAGCUGACAUUUGUCCUCUACCAGGAUGAGAGGCAGUUGCAGGCUGUGUGCUGUAAGCUGCAGCCGUUGCGUGUCUACAUCGAGGAUGCUUAUCUGAAUCAGCUGCUGGACACGCUGGUCGAGUGUGCGCCCUCCAAUUGCAUCCAUACCUCGCAUCCGGAGUGCAAGCGCCUACAGUUGGAGGCGGGCCAGGUCUGGUUGCCAGAGCAAGUUGUUGCUCAGGCAUUGUACAUUGCCGAGCCCCUGCGUCUGCAUAGCUUCAUCGUGGAGCCGCUCAGCCUGCUGCUCUCGGUGCACACAUCGUCGCGUGUUUAUAUCGCCUUGGACCACUCGCCACUAUCGUUCUCCCGCUACGAGCGCCAGCAGAUACUCACCGUGCCCCUGCGCUUUGGCCAAUCUCUGGGCGUGCACUAUCUGAGCGGAGCUAUUUUCGGCGCUGGCUGGGUGGUGGGUUCGCUGGAGAUUUUGGGCAGUCCCAGUGGAUUGGCGCGUUCCUUUACCACAGGCCUGCGCGACUUCAUUUCGAUGCCCGUGCAAGGUCUGUUUCGUGGCCCGUGGGGCUUUCUAGUGGGCAUUACCCAAGGCUCGGCCUCGCUGCUGCGCAAUGUUACGGCGGGCACAGUCAACUCGGUGACCAAGCUGGCCGACUCGGUGGCACGCAAUCUGGAUAGAUUCACGCUGGAUGCGGAGCACAUGGAGUUGACAGAGGCUCGACGCCGUGCACGUCCCCAGGGCUUUGCCGAUGGUCUGACCUUAGGCUUGACCGGACUGGGCAUCAGCCUGCUAGGCGCCGUUGGAGGCUUGGCCCAUCACACAUUGGAGGCACGCAGCUCUGUGGGCGUGCUGACGGGUCUAACCAAAGGUAUUGUCGGUGCUCUGACCAAACCCAUCAGUGGAGCUGCCGAAAUGUUGUCACUAACCGGGCAGGGCGUCCUGCAUACGGUGGGCUUCAAUACCAUGCCCCUGCAGGUGGAGCCGAGCGUGACACGCAACGUGGCCUUGCACACCAGCUCCUAUCGCAUCUGGCGUUUCCUGCACGAAAGGCUGAGCAGCGAUCAGUUGUUAUUCUUCCACGAGAUCACGCUCUUGCUAAAGGAUCAACUGCAGCCAGCCUUGCUAUAUUUGACGUCCACAGUGCUGGUGAUAAUGGAGCUCAAGUGCGACGAUCUGAAGUUCAUCUCAUCUGUGCUAAAGCUCGACGUGCUGGCAGAUCGCGAGGACCCCUCCAAACUGUACCUGAGUCUGAAGCCAGAGCAAUCCGAUGACCUGGAAGGCCAAAUGAAGUUCACCAACGAACGCAUCAUUAGCUUUCUGAAUGCCUCGCGUGUCCACGGACCCACGUGCAAUGAUUCGUUGAGCGACCUGCUGCAGCUGCACGACCAGGAUCAGGCUCGGGACACUCAUCUGCGCCGCCAGACGCAGUGCAUCUUCUAUAUCAAACCUAACAUUGGCCAGCAUCUUAUACACUAUCUCAAGGUCAUCAGCCAAACACAGUGAACCAACGAGUGGCCAUAGGCUUCCCAUGUAUUACUAUACAUAUAUA